GCCCGGCUGCCGGGGCGGAACCAGCCGCCUUCCGCUUCCCCUCCGCCCAGGAAGAGGCGGGCGCUGCUGCGGCCAUGCAGGUCUCCAGCCUCAACGAAGUGAAGAUCUACAGUCUCAGCGCCGGCAGGAGCCUCCCGGAGUGGCUUUCAGACAGGAAGAAAAGAGCUUUACAGAAGAAAGAUGUGGAUGUCCGUAGAAGAAUUGAACUUAUUCAAGACUUUGAAAUGCCCACAGUUAGCACAAAGAUUAAGGUAUCAAGAGAUGGACAGUAUAUUAUGGCAGUUGGAACCUACAAGCCAAGGGUCCGCUGUUAUGAUACCUAUCAGUUAUCCCAGAAAUUUGAAAGAUGCUUAGAUUCUGAAGUGGUUACAUUUGAGAUUUUAUCAGAUGAUUACUCAAAGAUUGUCUUCUUGGAGUGUGGCAGGUUUGUGGAGUUUCAUUCCCAACAUGGCCAUUACUACAAGACAAGAAUACCAAAAUUUGGUAGAGAUUUCUCGUAUCACUAUCCGUCAUGUGACCUGUACUUUGUAGGAGCAAGUUCUGAAGUAUACAGGCUAAACCUGGAACAAGGAAGGUUUCUCAACUCCCUGCAGACUGAUGCCUCAGAGAGUAAUGUCUGUGACAUAAAUCCUGUACACUUCUUGUUUGCCAUGGGGACGGCUGAGGGUAAAGUGGAAUGCUGGGAUCCUCGAACUAGAAAUCGAGUUGGGCUGUUGGACUGUGCUUUGAGCAGCGUGACAGCAGACACAGAGAUAGACAGUUUGCCAUCCAUUUCAGCACUGAAAUUUGAUGGAGCUUUGAACAUGGCUGUUGGAACAUCUACAGGGCAGGUUUUAUUAUAUGAUCUCCGGUCUAGUAAUCCAUUAAUAGUCAAAGAUCACCACUAUGGCCUGCCUAUUAAGUCAAUUCAGUUUCAGCGUCAGUUGGAUUUAAUUAUCUCUGCAGAUUCACGAAUCAUAAAAAUGUGGAACAAAGAUACAGGGAAGAUAUUUACUUCAAUGGAGCCAGAAUACGAUAUCAAUGAUGUCUGCCUGUAUCCAAACUCAGGAAUGCUAAUGACUGCCAAUGAAGCCCCUAAAAUGAAUAUCUAUUAUAUACCAGUUUUAGGACCUGCUCCAAAAUGGUGUUCCUUCUUGGAUAACUUGACUGAAGAACUGGAAGAGAACCCAGAGAGCACAGUUUAUGAUGAUUACAAAUUUGUCACCAGAAAAGACCUUGAAAAUUUAGGCCUUGCUCAUCUCAUUGGAUCAUCAUUGCUCAGAGCAUAUAUGCAUGGCUUUUUCAUGGACAUAAGACUGUAUCAUAAGGCAAAAAUGAUGGCAAACCCCUUUGCCUAUGAAGAAUACAGAAGAGAGAAAAUAAGGCAGAAGAUAGAAGAAACACGUGCACAGAGAGUUCAACUAAAGAAACUUCCAAAAGUCAAUAAAGAGCUUGCACUCAAACUGAUUGAAGAAGAAGGAGAAGAGCAACAGGUUACUAGGAAAAGGAAACAGAAGAACCUGCCUAGCCUUCUCAAAGAUGAUCGUUUUAAGGUCAUGUUUGAGAAUCCAGAUUUCCAGGUGGAUGAGCAGAGUGAAGAAUUUAGGCUACUUAACCCACUUGUUUCUAAAAUAAGUGAGAAAAGAAAGAGGAAACUGAAGAUCUUAGAGGAACUGGAAGCACAAGAACAGGAAGACGAGGAAGAGCCAGAAGGAAAAGCAAGUGAUGCAGAAAGUUCUGAGAGUUCAGAUGAUGAAAAAGGCUGGGUUGAAGAGGUCAGGAAACAGCGCAAGCUUCUACGCCAAGAGGAAAAAGUAAAGCGGCAGGAAAGGUUCAAGGAGGAUCAGCAAACAUUACUGAAACCUCAGUUUUUUGAGAUUAAAGAAGGAGAGGAAUUCAGAAGCUUCAAAGACUCUGCCAAAAAACAAAAAUUAAUGAAGAAAACUCUUGGAGAUCGUUUAAAGCUUGAAGAAAAACUUGGCACACUCAACGUGUCUGAUACCACAGUAGGCAGCAAACAGGCAACAUUCAAAUUAAAGAAGUCGGAGCAGCAAAAGAAACAGCAAGAAGCUGAGAAACAACAUCGUCAAGAGAGGAAGGCUCUUAGGCGUUCUGCUAGUCAUCUCAAGAGCAAACGUGGAAGAGGACGACGGUUUCAUUGAUUUAUUUUAUGUUAUUUUUUAAAAGGAACUUCUUAUAUCUAAUUUUUCAUUUGGAAAAAGGGACUCUUUCAAAUUAGGACACAGUGCCAAUGUAUUGGUAUUUCGAUUAAUUGAUGAACACAAAAAUCAGAACUUGCUAAAGCCAGCGUUCAUUUUUGAAAAGUUGAUGAAAAUAUUGACCAAAGGACACUAUGUGAGUAUGUGUGAGCUGCAUUUGUGCAGUAAUCACUAGCAACUGGUUAUUUUGUAACCCUGGAUGUUUUCUAUAUAAAAAUUUAUAUAUAC